CGUCUGCUAGGUCAGCUGAGGCAUACCAUGGCGGCAUCAUAAUACAUUUAUUUCCGCGGUAUAUAUAGUGUGUACGUGUGUUUGCAGAGUUGUGCAUUGAAUCGUGAAAAACCAUAUAUAUACUACGACGAAAGUUCCCAUUGUUUCGAUCGUGCUGUUGUUUUUUUUUCUUUCGUUUUUUCUCUUUUCGUCAUAUGUUAAAAACGCAAUAUUACUGUUCAUCGAACGUACGAAAUUGUUUGCAACUCUGGAGUGAAUCUUCGUCAUAUGCACACUUUAGCAUAAACGUUCCGUUUAACAAAUAUUGCUAGUAUCUAUAUUUAAUGGAAUUUGAAAUGCCUAAGAAAAUGGCUAACGGGGACAGUGAAACUUUGGAAACAAUGUUAUUGACCGAGAGCAAAAAUGGUGAAGAAGUUCCGUGCAUUCGAGCGGAGUUCCCUACAUACUCGUCUAGCUGCAACGAAGCUCCUUUCAGUGAUGAUCCUGAAGCUUUGGCAGAAGCUAAUAUGUGCGAUUACAACACAAAAAUCACCCUCAAAAUGGCUCGCAGUGGCAAAGUACCCAGAAAGGUGAGAGUUUAUGCGGACGGUAUUUACGAUCUUUUUCACCAGGGACACGCCAGGCAACUGAGACAGGCAAAAAAUAUUUUUCCCAACGUUUAUCUCAUCGCCGGAGUGUGCAACGAUGAACUGACACACCGUAAGAAAGGCAGAACAGUGUUGAAUGAUGAGGAAAGGUACGAUGCAGUGAGGCAUUGUCGUUACGUCGACGAAGUCGUCAGAGACGCUCCUUGGGAGCUCGAUGAUGAAUUCAUCGAGAAACAUAAGAUCGACUUUGUUGCUCACGACGAUAUUCCAUACAUAAACGAUGAAGGAGUAGAUGUUUACGCGUGGAUAAAGGAUCGUGGAAUGUUUGUUGUUACACAGAGAACCGAAGGUGUCUCAACUUCGGAUAUCGUUGCGAGAAUAGUCAAAGAUUAUGAUAUGUAUGUGAGAAGAAAUUUGGCGAGAGGCUACAGCGCCAAGGAAUUGAAUGUUUCUUUCCUCAACGAGAAAAAGUUUCGCCUACAAAAUAAAUUCGACGAUCUGAAGGACAAGGGAAAGCGGGUUAUGGAAAAUAUCGGUGAGAGACGUAUGGACAUGAUCAGCAAAUGGGAGGAAAAAUCGCGUGAUUUUAUAGACGCGUUUCUUUUAUUAUUCGGAAGAGAAGGAAGAUUGUCAACAAUCUGGAAUGAAAGCAAAGGUCGGUUAAUGCAAGCACUGUCGCCACCGGCGAGCCCCAAACGGGCUGGGAGUCCAAACGGUAGCAGCAGUAGCAGCCAUAACGACGAGGAUCAGACCAGUCCACCACCGAAAAAAACGGGGCGUUACGAAUUUCCUCAAACAAAUCGUUAUCUGAGUGACGACUACAGCGACGAUGACGAGGCAAAUCAACAAUCGAAGUGAUAACAGGGAACCAUAAACUUCAAGAACUUCAUCAAAUGCUGACCAAACUAGAGAGCCUCGUCGGAAGCCCUGGAUAUGCGUUCUUAAAGAGAAUUAAAAAAUGAAGAAAACAAAAAUAAUCAAACUCGAAGACGAAGGAAAGACAGAAGCGAAAGGAAACCGAAACAACUUGCGAUUUGAGAUCCAACAUUAGACGUGAUGCGUUUGUUACCUCGUUGCAUAUAUUAUAAAACUAGCUUGAAAAUAGAUCUGAGAGUACCCACGAGUCUGUUUCAUUGACACGUAUGCGAAUGUAUAAAUUCCCCCUCUGUGUGCUCUCUUACUUUUUUCCUUCGUCCCAAAGCAGUGCUAGGGAUUCAAAAAACGCUAAAUCUUUACCAGAAACGAUGAAAUAUCGAAUAAAAAACACGGUAUCGAGCAAUAACGUUGCAUCGAAGUCUGAUAAGUUUGAAAACUGCGUCACGAGAAUUUGAACAACAAAAAAACACGAACUGCUCGAAACUUUUGAAAUGUGAAUUACUUUCCGUAUUAUUAUUUUUUGUCCAAUCGUUGAUUCUGCAAUGAAAUUCGAGUUAAUGGAUGGAGAAAAGAAAGAACGAGCUUAGUUUUUAGUAUGUCGAAUAAAACGUGAUUCCCUCGAACAAGUAAUCACGUAGAUGAAUUUCUCUCGAUACAUUCAGAAUUGACCUAAUAAUAUAUUUACUGUUCUAUACUAGAAACUAUACUAUUCCAUGCGAAAAAAGCAGAAAAAACUCUGAAUAUUCUACAAAUUUCUGGCUAUUCGGUCAACCACUAUUUUCUUCGUUCUAUCGCGGUUGCUAAUUGAAACUCUGGUCAAUCCAGUCAUAGUGAACGAAAAACCAUGCCAAUAUACACGAAAAAUUAUACGUUGUAUUUUACGAUGACAGAAUAAGUAAAAAAACAUCGAGAACUACAACGUCAAGCGCAAGAUACAAUAAUCUUUACUACCACAAUAACAAUGUGCCGAGUUGCCUAGAGAUUUUUAAGCAUUGAUUUGAUCAUUUUGAUUCUUGAGACUACGAAAUAAUAACGAGUAAAUUAAUAAUUAUCUUUGAAACUACGAAAAUCUUUGAAUUCGAUCAUUAUAAUUUUCCAUAUAGUCUCAUCGUUCAUUUUCAAUUAGCGGAUCCACAUUUAUUUCGAGUAUUCCAUGAAGUUAUUAUUAAUUUACGAUACAAUCGUCGAUAUUCUUACACUAGGAAGUGAUAGGCAUUACAAAAGCUCACUUGAUCCGAAAAACUAAAACAGAAAUAAUUGUUGUUAAUUCUUUCCUAUUCGAGAGAUCGUUGUAUGUAUGUUUAGACAAAAAUUUGUGCGUCCUCUUUUUAUCAUUUUCGAAAAUAAGUUCUAUGGAAAGAGGAAAGGAGGAGAAAGAACACACGUUCCCGCCGUUUAUAUUGUAUUUUCAUGCAUUUCACCCGCAACCAUCAAAUACUAUAGUGCUGGCUUAAUUGUGUGUAGCUGUUCGUCGUAAUAUGUAUCAUAAAAUGUAUGAAAGGGAAAAAACUUCGUAGAGAUAAGGAAAAAAUGUUUUGUUGUCAAGGAUGUUAUACCCAUCGUAGCCUUCGAUUUUAUUCUACUCGAAUUUCACAACUCGAGCCAUCGGGCAGAAAGUGUUACCAACACGAAUUUUGUAUAAUUACUUUGAAAAGUUUUUAAAGAGUAUUCUUGUUUGGAAUUCUACUCGACGAAUUUGUUUCAAUGAAAAUUUCGAACAUUACCGAUGAUUUCAAUCGCUUAGAUCGUUCGGAAAAAAUUAGCAAAGUAGUCUGCAAAAAAUUCAUAACGUUAAUGAGUUAUACGUAAUUCAUCGAACAUUAGAUGCAAAAGUUUUUCUCAGUGAUAUCGUUGAUACUAUUGUCGAAGAAUCGAUAAUAUCGUAAGGUUUUAGUUUUUCAAAUAAAAUUGUUGAGUGCUGAAAUCGUGUGAAAUUGAAUAAAAUUGUUGGCUUUAAAUCCGUUGUGUAAAGCUUGAUUAAGCAGAUACGUUGGAGAGUUUUGAAUAAUUGAUAAGUGUGAAGAGCUGUAAUGUACGUAAAUAGCGACAUUGUGAAUCGUCUCUCGUAAAACGUACCGAAUGUGCCUGAUUUUGGAUAGUUCUGCAAAUAUCGGCAAAAACAAGAACAAAACAUAACAUACACACUAGCUAUAUAUUUUUUUAGACCAUCCAAUAGAAAAGCACGAAGAAACUAUUCAGUUUUCGAGUCUAAAAUUGUGCUGAACUUCUUAGAGUAGCCGGAAGAGAUUCAGGAAAAAAAACGGAGCAGUGAUCUCAAGUUCCAUCGAGUCACCACUAGAAGUUUAACGAACAUUUACACAUAUUGUCGUUUACGUUGUAAAAUAAUGUUAUUCUUCGAAAAAUCAAGCUCAAAGUUUAAAACUUUUUUUGGUCCAUUUUAUUUAGUUUGAGAAAGUACUCCAAUCAAUAACCGAAAACGACGAAUUUUUUCAAGAUUUGAAAUUCGUUUGGAUAGAAGAAAAAUGAAAUAAUCACAAUAAAAAAUUCUUUUCAGUUUCUGUUUUAAAAAUAAUAAAUAGCUAAAAAGUUUUGCUAUUUAUGAGCUUUUUUACGUUUUGCAAUAUUAACGGUAAUAUCAACACACGAUACGAUUUUAACAUGAGCACGGAAUGUGCGCUCAUCGAUUAUAUAUAAUAAUUAUUUUUCAUCAAGUCGAUAUGUAGGGCAAAAUCGGAUAUUUAAAAAAAUUCGGAAGUAAUUUCUUUUCAUUUUUGCAAUUUGGUAUAUUUUUCAAAAAAGGCGAAAAAAAGGAAUACUUUCAAGAUGAAAAAAAUUCAAAAAGGAAGAAAAAGAAAAAAUCAUUAAAAAAAUGAAAUUUAGAAAAACUGAAUACUUUGAAGGAAUUCUAAUUUUUUUUCCACUGCUUUUCAAAAGAAGCCGUCAAAGGUGCAUCGGAUUGAAAAACAAAAAAUUCCACCAAUUUUUGAUGAUGCUCCGAGAAAAAUGUUUUUUUUUUUUACGAAAGUCGUAAAAAAACACAGUACGUAAUUGGAUAAUGAACGUUUCGCAUACUUCUAAAAAGUACGAUAUUUCCUCAGGUAUCCCACUUUGCCACUCUACUUUUCUGUGUACACCUCAAUUUUAUUUAUUGAAUCCCCCAUCUUGGUAAGUUAAUUUUUUUUGCGUAUGCUGCGUCUCGAAAACAUCAUUUUUGUGUAAUUAUAAAAAGAAAUGGAAAAACAACAUUCAAAUAGUACAUUUAAAUGGCGGUAAGAAUGUUUCACGUGGAUGUAUGGAUGGAAGUGAACUGAAAAUGCGUGAAUUGAAAUAAUGGCUAAAUCGAUCGUUGCAAUGUUUAUGCGAAUGAAAACAACUUUUAGAUAAGGCAAGAAUAAAAAUCAGUUGGUUUUGAAAUUCCCAA